UCCACCCGGGACACCCGGCCGCCCCCUAGAACCCGCGGCAGCCGUGUGCAGAGGUUGUUUUGUUUUUGUCUUCCUAGAGCGCAGGUUGACGGGGUCAGGGGUCAUCAUCCAGACGAGGACUUAUUUGUCCGUUUUUUUUUCUUUCUUCAUUUGGGACUUUUUCCUCGGCAUCUCAGAGGAUGUGGGCAAGGAUGGCGGUCUGCUGGACUUCCCCACGUUAAAGUGUGUCACUUCUGCAGUGUAAAAGGUGCAGAAAUCGGCGUGAACCCCGGUCCAUGGAUUUAUUACCUUUAGAGCAACUUCUGAGCCGGCAAUCUUGAAGCAUGGGUGACUGGAGCUUUCUGGGACGUCUGCUGGAGAACGCUCAGGAGCACUCCACCGUCAUCGGCAAGGUGUGGCUGACGGUCCUCUUCAUCUUCAGGAUCCUGGUGUUGGGUGCCGCCGCCGAGGAGGUGUGGGGCGACGAGCAGUCCGACUUCACGUGCAACACGCAGCAGCCCGGCUGCGAGAACGUGUGCUACGACGAGGCCUUCCCCAUCUCGCACAUCCGCUUCUGGGUGCUGCAGAUCAUCUUCGUGUCCACGCCCACGCUCAUCUACCUGGGCCACGUGCUGCACAUCGUGCGCAUGGAGGAGAAGCGCAAGGAGAAGGAGGAGAACAUGCGCAAAGCCCACCGCUUCCAGGAGAAGGAACUGCUUUUCAGGAACGGCGAGGACGAUGGCGGCGGCGGCGGCGGGGGCGGAACUAAAAGGGAGAAGCCUCCCAUCAGGGACGAGCACGGCAAAAUCCGCAUCCGAGGCGCCUUGCUGCGUACGUACGUGUUCAACAUCAUCUUCAAGACCCUCUUUGAGGUGGGCUUCAUCCUGGGCCAGUACUUCCUGUACGGGUUCCAGCUGAGGCCGCUCUACAAGUGCGGCCGCUGGCCCUGCCCCAACACGGUGGACUGCUUCAUCUCACGGCCCACCGAGAAGACCAUUUUUAUCAUUUUCAUGCUUGUGGUGGCGUGCGUGUCGCUUUUUCUCAACUUGCUGGAGAUCUACCACCUGGGCUGGAAGAAGCUCAAGCAGGGCGUGACCAACGGCUUCGCGCCCGAGCCGGCGUGCCGAGCCGACGCUGAGCCCGGGUGCUCGGCGGCCGGCAGUGGGGCCUUCCUGCCCCGGACGGCGCCCUCGGGGGCGGAGUUUAAAAUGGACAACAUCCAGCAGGAGGAGGCCCUCCGCCGGCACGGCCCCGCCUCCCACUACUACAUCAGCAGCAACAACCACAGGCUGGCCGCGCAGCAGAACUGGGCCAACAUGGCCGCCGAGCAGCAGACUCGCGAGAUGAAGGCCGCCUCCCCCGCGCCCUCCUCGUCCUCCUCUUCCUCCUCCUCGUCUGCCGGCACCCGGCGGCCUGCUGACCCCGCCCAGGGCUCGGGCAGCUGGGCCGGGGGGAAGAGCGAGUUGGAUGACGACCACUGCCCCGCCCCCGCCCCCGCCGCCACGACCACGGUGGAGAUGCACAAGCCCCCGGCCGCAACGGUCGCCGCCGACCCUCGACGGCUGAGUCGGGCGAGCAAGAGCAGCAGCGUCCGGGCCCGCCCCGACGACCUGGCGGUAUGAGCGGACUAGAGGAAGCGGAUGAGUCACGCCGUGGUGGGCGGAGCCUAGGACACGAGCGGGAGUCGCCGCGAGGAAGAUCCACGCCUUCUUCUUUUAGCCGCGCCGGACGGACUAAUUAGCGGCAACCAUACGGAACGUACCAGGCCACGCCCCAACGCGGCGUGACUGGAGACGUUGGCUGUGUCUCCGGUGACGUACUUCCGUACUUACACCGGCCAGUGCUUCAA